GACACAGAGAGAGUAAGACUAACAUGACAGCAGAGGAUUAAACUGUUGCUCUGCUGAUCUGUGACCAGCCCUCUGUAUUUCUGUCUGCCCAAAUGUGGACAUCCAACAAAGCUGAGAGUAAGACAGCCUCUCAGUUUGUGUCUCUUACCAUGAGGCUAAAGGAUAAACUCCACCCACAGUGGAUCAGACGCACUGAGCGAAUCAAACCUACUCAAAGACGUAAACCACCUGAUCUGAAGCUGCAGGAGCACACACUUCAAAACAAGUCUGGGUGUGUGUUGUUGGACCAGCAGCGGGCAGUUGUCAGCUCUCUGCAGUACUUCAAAGCUCUGGUGGACAGACUAGGUAUAGACAGACCUGGAGCAAACAAACUGGUCCUGGACCAGUCUGUGGUGGGGGCUCUGCUGGGUGGAGCCACCAGUGGAGUUCUGGAGACAGUUCAGACUCUGGUCCAGCUGGAGCCACACCUCCACAAAAGUAAAACCAUCUCCACCUGUCUCACUCAUCUCUAUCAGUCUCUGGCUGAGCUGAUUCACUGGGCAGAUCUUGUGAUUCUACAGGGCGUUUCCAAUGAUGACCAGGAGUCAACAUCUAGCGUUACCACAGUGAUCAGGGCUGUGUUGGAUGGAGUUAAAGAUCUGGUUCGAUUGGCUGUAGAGAGACAAGAGGGCUCUGCCCCAUUGACUCCAAUCCAAUUACAGCCUACUGUUGGACAAAUGGGAGAGUUUGAGAUGCUGACUGACAGGACUACUGCAUCUCCUGUAGAGGAAAAGAACAGAAUGAGGAUGGAGAGGGGAGGGGAGGAUCCAAUGGUUUCCCCUCCUCCAAAACCACACAUGCCACUCCCCCAGGUGCCCUUCCCUCAGGGACUCAGUCCUCCAGCUCUGCCUCCCAAAAGGCGUCAGUCAGGCCCCGCCGCCUGCAGGGUUGCCAUAGUAGCACCAUUUAUACGACAAUCUGAAGAUGACACACAGACACAGGAGUAUGAGGACAACGACUCUUUUAAGAAAUGUUCUUCUUCUGCAGACUCAGCUGAUGAAAAUACACACUGUGACACAGAAGCAGAUCCAGACUAUGAGUUCCUCCAUACAGACCUCUCCUCCUCUGAAACUCUCCCUGCUUUUCCACUGCCCUCAUCACUUCCUCCUGCCCUGCCAGAAAAAAGACGAUGUGCUACUGCAGGCUUGACCAGCUCUCAGGCUCCACCUUCUUCUGAGUUUGACUUCACACCUUAUGACCCCCCCCACUGCGAUGAUCCUGAAGACCCAGUGACCUCCCCCCUGUCCCACAGCGGGACUCCACCUCCUCUCCCUGAGAAGACACGACACAUCCAUCAGUACCUGCAGUUCUGCUCGUCCUACAGCAUUCAGUCAGCAGCCAUGUUCUACCAGACACCUCAGACCCUCAGUCAGAAUCCCAGCAUCAGACAGCAAGAGAUGGAAACCACCUACCAGUUCACGCACACACACCUGGACACACAGUUGCCGCCUGACUUAGACUCCACCCCCUCACCUGAGGUUUUACCUGCUCCAGCUUUACCACCUAAGAAGAAACAGCAGGAUGAUGAGGAUUCAGCCAAAGACACCGAUAAACAAGUAAAUUGCAGAGACCGUUUGCAGCAAGAGCAAGGGGAGGAGCAUGGCCUGAGGAGCAGGGAUGAGCAGGAGGAGGUGUUGCUCACCAACCACCAGGAGAUCCUCCACAGAAUUACCAUGAAGACUGAGGAGGAGGAAGGUCCAGAUGUGAAAGCAGCCUCUCCUGAGAUCCUAUUGGUCUAUGCCAUACAGACUGACAGCACUGAACAGGUCCUGUAUCGUGAAGCCUUCCUCUCCACCUACAGGACCUUCAUCAGCUCAAGUGACGUCAUCAACAAACUACACCACAGGUACAGAUAUGUAUGUGAUGGACAUGAAGCUGCAGAGCUGAAAGCUGCCAAGAACACUUUCCACCUGCUGGUCAGCGUGGUGGACGAGCUGUGUGUGAUGGAGCUGGAUUCUGAUUUGCUGCUGCUGCUGACAGACAUGGUGUUCAGGCUCCUAGUUGGUGGAGAGCUGGAACUGGCUCACCUGUUGCGCUCCACCAUUCUGUCUAAAAUGGAGCAGAAAUGGCUUAGUGGUUCCACUCUGUCACUCCGCCCCCUUGCAGCUAGGGGCAUAGCAGCCAGACCAGGAACACUUCUGGACUUCAGGAGUCAGGAUUUAGCUGAACAGUUAACUCUGAUGGACUCUGAACUGUUCUACAAGAUUGAGCUUCCAGAGGUGUUGAUGUGGUCUAAAGAGCAGAAUGAAGAGAAGAGUCCAAACCUGACUGAGUUCACUCAACAUUUUAACAACGUGUCCUUCUGGGUUCGUUCAGUCAUCAUCCUUCAAGACAAACCUCAGGACAGAGAAAAACUUUUGCUGAAGUUCCUGAAGAUCAUGAAGCACCUACGGAAGCUGAACAACUUUAACUCGUACUUGGCCAUCCUGUCAGGGCUGGACUCCGCCCCCCUACGGCGCCUGGAUUGGCAGAGAAACACAACUGAGGCUCUGGAGGAGUUCAGCUCUUUGAUUGACAGCUCGUCCUCGUUCAGAGCAUACAGAGCCGCUCUGGCUGAAGUGGAACCUCCAUGUAUACCUUACUUGGGUUUGAUCCUGCAGGACUUGACCUUUGUCCACCUGGGGAAUCCCGACACCUUGAUGACAUCACAGGGUUCAAAGGUCAACUUCUCUAAACGGUGGCAGCAGUUUAACAUCCUCUACACUUUAAGGAGCUACCAGCAAGUUUCUUACUCUCUGCAGGCCAAUGAUGACAUCAUUUUGUUCUUUAAUGGCUUCAGUGAAUACCUGGCUGAGGAGGCAUUAUGGGAGCUCUCUCUCAGGCUCCGCCCACGGAACGCCCAGAGAAUCAACCAGAGAUAACAGAUUGAAACAAACUGAACUGGGACAAACUAACCUACUAACAAGGAUAAUCACAAGGCUUACUUUGAAACGCUUUGAAUUCAAGAGUCAAGCUCCAAGAAAUACAUGGACAAACUUGCUAAUUAAGAUAAAGUCAGUUCCAUACUGGGCUAGCGAGCUGCAAACACAUCCCAGACAGAAUGACUUUUUAAUCUGUUCAAAUACUAGUUUAACUGGCUAUCAUUGUGUUAACUCAUGCUAAUCUGGACUGAAGCCAGACAGAGAUAGAGUUAUACUGGUGCUAGCUAUAAUAUUAAUAUUCAUAUAUUAAUGUAUAUUAAUCGACAGUACAGAUGGACAUGUCCUCCUCUCCUCUCUGCCCUCAGAAAUGUACUUUUAUUUGCAGCAAUAGUCCAAUAAAGCCCCCCUCCUUCUCUUCUC